GGUUAUCUUGAAGAACUCUUACGGCUUCGAGAGAACCAGCUGUCCGAAUCUGUCUCCCAAAAUAAAAUACUGCUACAAAGGAUUGAAGACUCUGACCUAGCCCAUAAACUGGAAAAGGAACAAUUAGAAUAUAUCAUUGUGGAGCUUCAAGAUCAGUUAAAGAGUUAUCAAAGUCUGGACCAGUUAUCAGCUGAGGUUAGCCUGUCUCAGAGUUCACUGGAUCCAGGUCAGUCACAAGAAGGAGACGGAAAACAAGACACUCUAAAUUCGAUCAGUGAAGGUAAAGAAGAUACUCCCUCAUUACUUGGUCUCUGUGGGUCUCUAACAUCAGUGGCAAGUUACAAAUCUCUAACAAGCCUAAAAUCUAAUGACUGCCUUGCAAGUCCUACAACAGAGAUGACAAGUCCAGGCCUAACUCCAUCCUGAAAACUUUUAUGUAAAAGCCAAAAGAUUUUGUUGCAAAUGUUCUAUUUACGUAAGUUUGACUGGUGGGAAAAACCUUUGGAAUUUUAUAUUGUUCUGGCACGUCUGGAAUCCUAUUGCUUAUAUUAGCGUUCAGUCCACUCAAUGUAAACUUCUGAGUGAAAAAAGAAAUGAUACUGGCAUUUUUCAUUUUACAAUUCUUAUAUUUGUCACUGAGGAAGUUUAAAAUGAAUAGGCUUAAAAAAACUUUCAGAGAUCCUCUAAAUGAAUAAUCCAUUGCAAAUUGUACAUAUUUAUUAUUCAGCUGAUUUUCAUAUAUUUAAAUAUCAUAAUUGCCAGAGACUGAGUUCAAUUCAAGGUUUAUUCCAAAGACUUAAGCUAAGUAUUUUCUUUCACUCUUUUAUGCAAUGAUUAAAAUUUCUAAAAAUGACUAAUUUCAUUUUCAUUAAUUUCUUCCUAGGUCCUAAUGUUUAAUAGCCUUGUUUUUAAUAUGAGAACAUUCUCAGCUGCAGUUUCAUAGUGGCUUACUCAAUUUUUCUUUAACAGUUAUCAUUUCAUAUCAACAUUCCAUUGAACAUUUUAUAAGUUUUGUAGGACUGUGCCUUUAGGCAGUUACUAUAAAAAUGUUAGGGUCAUAAGGAAAGUAUUUUACAGUAUUUUAGGCCAGUUAGGUAAAAUGAAUAAAUUUCUUAUCUUUGUUUUCCCAAAAUUUUCUUAAAAGGUUAUCAGUUAAAAAAUAUCAAAUAUGCCUCAAAUGUUGGAAACAUUAAAAAAUAUAGAACAGAUGUUGAAAAAGUAUUUGAUCAGGAAAGAUUUCAAGUUCCAUUAAGUACUUGAGAAGCUUUUAAAUUAGGAUCAGUAGGGUAAUCAACCAUACUUAAAGUGUCCAGCAUACAGUGCUGCUUUUUCUCCCUGUGUGCAACAAUGAAUUAUAUCAUGUAUGUCUCACAGCUCCUAUCACUUAGUCUCAUUUUAAAGUUAAUAUAAAAAAUCCUUGCACUUCUACAGGUUAAAAAAAAUAUUUCUUUUUAAAAAAGCUAUGAGCUGUAUUUUAAAUGUUUUUGCAAUUUUUGGAACUAUACAUCUUGUCCCUAAAAAUUCCACCGUAUUGAAAGAGAAAAUGUAUUAAGUAUAUUUUCUGUAGUAAUAUGAGGAAACCAUGGAUCAGCUGUGCCAAAGAAGUUUUAUACACUGUUUACAUGAAGAGGCUAUAAUCCUUAUUGGGGACUUUAACGUGCUAUUUUUUGUUUAUUAAUAAAACAUUACAUUCAAACUUAGUAGCUUUGAUAUGUAGGAAGAAUGUUCCUCCUAAAACAAUUUUUGAGAGAAGGCAAAAAGUGCUGAACCUAUCACAUUCAUUCUUUGAUUAGAAAUGCAGGAGUGUGGUGGUUCUCUGUAAUCUUCAGUUUUGCUCUCAUAAUUUGGAAUUUAAGAUAAUAAGUAGUAACAAGGCUUGUCUUGUACGUAAGACAGUUCAGUGUCAUUUCAGGGACAAAGGAGGCCUGGAAGUCCUUAAGAUAAGUUAUCUUGCAUGUACCAGAACUACUCAGAGCUUUAUUCUUUUAGCGUAAGGUUUUAUUACUUGUAGAAAUGCAAAUAUUCUUGAGCAGUGGGACUUUCUCUCUUAGUUCUGUACGCCUUAUUGCGAGCGAGAUGCCCAAAGCAGUUAUUUAUUGACUUCUUUUUUACUCCGCUUGGAGGACGACUGGAAGGUGUAAAAUGAGGACAAAUGGAAGCCUUGGGAGGAGGAUGAGAAAUGGUUACGGAGGGAAAGUCAAAACUUUUAGGCUGGCCUUAAGCACUAUUGCUGCUUUCCAAGCAACUAUCAGAAUAAUACUUAAAUGCUUUAUCAUUCACGGUCCACUCUCAACUUGACAUUUUCCUUCAAUAAUUUCAAAAAAAAUCUUUGUUAAAAUUUUUCCAUACAUUUUUAUAAUACAGAAAUUCAAGGUUCCAUAAUUGAUAAAAUUUUUCAGAUUUGUCUAAUGGACACAGUAACUUGUGCAUCUUAACAUGCUGCUAAAUGCAGAUUUAAACAUGACACCUGAGGAUCGUAAUUUUUCCUCCUUUCUUGGAGCUCUUGGUAUAAAAUUCAUCUGCUAAUGUGAAUUUAGGUUUCUACACAGUUUAUCUCACACUAGUUAUAGAGGUAGUUUGUUAAUGUGUGCAUGAGGAAACAACUUAUGUCUCAAUCUUUAGUUUUAAGUGGUGGUGUUUAAUGUUCACACACCCUCCCCAAAAGAGAAUGCUGAAUUACAUGCUAAUAUUUCCAUGCGUAUUUUGUUGCCCUGAUGUAUUAUACUUGUUGCAUGUAUAUUAAACAUUUUGUAUCAUG